AUGGCCGAAGAACCUUCCCUAGUGCGACAGAACUAUGACAGCUCCUGUGAGGAUGCAGUCAACACCCAUAUCCGGCUGCUGCUCUAUGGUUCCUAUGUGUACCUGUCUAUGGCCUUCUACUUUGACCGUGAUGACGUAGCCCUGGAGAAUUUCAAGCGUUUCUUCCUGAGCAAGUCACACGACUGCAAGGCCGCUGUGGAGAUGUUCGUGUUCCUGCAGAAUAAGCGUGGUGGCCAUGCUUUGCUGCCCAGCAUCGCGAAACCAGACCGCAGCAGUUGGCAGGGGGGCCUCCAGGCCAUGGAAUGCGCCUUCUGCCUGGAGAUGACCAUCAACCAGAGCCUGCUCGACCUGCACGAGCUGGCCAAGGGAAAGGGUGAUUCUCACCUCUGCGGCUUCCUGGAGCAACACUGUCUGGAUGAGCAGGUCCAUGUCCUCAAGAAGAUGGGCGGCUACCUGACCAACCUGCGCCAGAUGGGGGCACCGGAGAAUGGCUUGGCCGAGUACCUCUUUGACAAGCUCAGCCUGGCCUGA